AUGGAUCCAAGCAUAACCAACCCACAGUUUUUCUUUGGUCGAGGAGACGGCAAAAUUGUAUCUCUCCCUGUAAAGUCAUUGUUGGAAAGCCCAUCAGAACCUACUGAAGCUGUUGAGUUCACCAUGGAACAUAAUUUUCGUGUUCUUGGUUCAUGCAAUGGGUUGGUGUGUCUGUUGGACGUGGAUGAAGGUUAUUUUAUAUUGUGGAACCCUUCAACCAGAUUCAAAUCCAAUAAAUCUCCAUCCCUUAAUUUAUUAUUUGAAAAAUGGGGUAUAGCAUAUUAUGGUUUUGGCUAUGACCAUGUUAAUGACAAGUACAAGGUGCUACUAGAUGUACGUCCUCACGGUAAUAGUAAUAAUCACAAUGUGAGACUUUAUACUUUUGGAGAAAAUUCUUGGACAACUAUCCAGAAUUUUCCUUGUCCUCCCACUAGAUUCACAGGAAAAUUUGUGAGUGGCACUCUAAAUUGGGUAAUAGUUAGAUGGGUGGGUGAUUAUAUACAAACUAGGAUUCUUUCCUUUGAUCUUGCGGAGGAGACUUAUACCAAAAUAUUACUGCCUCAAAAUCAUAAACAUGAUGGUUGCAGGGACGACAAACCUAAGCUCGGCGUUUUGGAUAACUGUCUUUGUCUGUCUUUUGACACUGGAACUCAUUUGGUUCUGGUUGAUGAAGGAAUAUGGAGUUGCUGA